AUGAAUAUCAUGUGGAUAUUAUGUGUUAUUGUUAUGGUAUUACGAUCGUUUCAAGUUGAAGGGAAUAUGUCUAGACUGUAUACGCAUAUGACCAAUGGAUACAACAAGCUUUUACUACCAGUAACAGAUCAUCGAACACAGGUUAACGUCAGUAUCCGACCAUUUCUUGUCAGCAUCAACAGUUUUGAUGAAAUUAAAAGUGAAAUAGCUCUGACCUGGCUUUUUUCACUGGAAUGGACAGAAGAAAGGAUGUCAUUGAAUCCUGUCGAGUUUAAUAACAUUACAUCUUUCGUUUUGCCAGCGAGUGAAAUUUGGUACCCACGAAUAUUGUUGCAACAGUCGGCAGGUUCGAUUCAGGAGGUAGGAACCAGCGAGCAUUCACUGCGUAUUUUUCACAAUGGAACUGUAAACUGGCUAACUGGGAACGUGUUUGAAAUAGUGUGCAGCGUCGAUGUUACGUUCUUUCCGUUCGACAAACAAAUGUGUAACAUCAGCUUAAUUUACCCAGCAUACGGACUAAGUGAAUUAGUUCUAGCACCUGUAAGCAGUACAGUAGACAUUACGAUGCUGGCUAAAAACAGCCAAUGGGCAUUUAUAGAAGGAAAUAUAUUUUCAAAUGGCUAUGACGGACAGACACCAUAUUUAAACAUAGAAUUACAUUUGGGAAGACGAAACGAGUUUUAUGUCGUGUAUAUCAUUAUACCAGUAACUUUGUUAGGCGCAAUAAACAAUUUUGUUUUCCUGCUACCUGCAAAUUCCGGAGAGCGUUCGUCUGUUGCGAUCACAGUGUUUCUGUCGUUUGUCGUCUAUUUCGAGAUUAUGAACACAACUAUCCCACAAAGUUCUUCUCCAGUAGCUUACAUUUAUUACUACCUAAUGUUUCUGUUGAUGUAUAGCUGCAUUGUUUUCUUCUUUUGCAUAAUGGCGUUACGGAUUCACGACCGUAAAGGAAGCGUUUCUUCAUGCUUACAGAAACUGGUCCAAUGGCAUCGCAAACGAUCUUGUUGCCAGCGGAAACGUCCUGUCAGCCGAUCCGAUGAUGCUGUGGUUAAAAUUCCCCCGGUCUCUGAAGAAAAUGAUGAUACUAAGCAGCACGAUACGCGUUACCAGUCAGAUUGUGAAAAGAAAAGUGAAGAGUCAGAAAUAACAUGGUCAGAUGUCGGUGACCUUUUUGACGAAGUUUCGGCUAAAACAUUGAAUUUAAUAUUCUGGGCAUUUUCGAUAUCAACACUUGUUCAGCUCUACAAUAACGGUUAA